AUGAUUUGGUUGCUUCCUUUGUCAUUUUACAUCGUUGCCACAGUUUUCGCUGCUGAUGAACAUUCCAGAUCUUCUUACUUCAGAACGUUGGAAAACAGGCGCUUAACAUCACAAGUGGCCAAAACAUUUUCUUCCCCUAGUGUUUUGUCGUGCAGUCAUGCGUGCCUCAGAAAUACUUGGUGUUCCUCUACAAAUUUCAAGAAAGGCACAGGUGGAACAGGAGUAUGUGAGUUGAUUAAGCAUGAGUCCAAUUCAACUAACUAUAACAACAAACUCAUACAUCAACCAGGCAACACAUAUUCAAUAAUUCUUAAGGUGAGUAAAUGCAACAUUUUAUUUGCGCAAUGCCGUGAAAGAAUUUUUUUUACUAUUAAACUUUUUUCAGUGGCGUAUCUAACGGAAAGACAACACGAACAGUAAUAUUUACAAGCAGACAAUAAUUUGCUAUACAAUCCAAAUAAAAGGUUUAAUAAAAGCUUAAACUUCCGCACGAACUAGUGACAUUUGACACGUAAACGGUUUUAACCGUUUCGAUGCUGUGUGUUUAUUACCAGAAAGCAUGAUUAUGAUUCUGAAUGGCUAAGGAAUAAUCUCGGUUAAGUUGAAACUCCGACAAUUUCUCCCCUAGAAGGGUACAAGCAAGCGAGAAAACCAUUUCCCUUCCUGCCAUUUUUCUACAUUUAAACUUUUUUUACUGAUAGGGUUGUCUGAUGACUGGAUGCCUAAAUGGAGGUUCUUGCUUGUUAGACAAGAAAAAGGAAUCGUUUUCAUGUUCGUGCAAACUACCAUGGAGUGGGCAGAGAUGCGAAGAAAAAUUGAGUAAGCCUCUAGUACAAAGCGUUUGCACAUAUUUGUUUUUCUAUUUAUGUAUUCAUUUAUUUUUUUUUUUUUCAUGAGAGAAAAGUCUUGAUGUCCUUACUUCAAGCGUUUUAAUGCUGGUUUCGUUUCUGUCAUUUGUUAGUGAGCUCCCGGGUUGACCCGUUGGAGCAAAAUUCCUUAAUUAUGGCCUCUAACGGAUAUGCUGCUGGCUAGGGUUUUUUUGAUGGUCCCUCUGUCUUGAGAAGAGCAUUAAGCAAUCGCGAGAAAGUUUUUAAAAUAACUCCAAAGCACUUUCAAAAUAAGUUACGUUUUCGCUAACGUCCCCUCCCUGAUUCGUGAAUCACAGGCGCAUUGAGAAGGCGAAAUAACAGUUGUCAUAACAUUCUUCUGGCGGCUAAAUUGAAAUUCGUCUGAACGGUUUCAUUAAAAAAAUGAUGUUAUUUUCCCUCUUCUUCUUCUUCUCUUGACUAAGUUUUCUACCAAGCUUUCACAGAAACGCUCGCUAUAAUGCUGAAUGGUCCGUAACGUGAGGCUUCAUUCGCCUACCUUAGCUACCAUGGGCAAGCCAACUUUUCCAACUUUUCCUUCCAAAACUUGGUGAUUCUUUUACAUGAGAAAUAAAACGUUGGCUCGGCUAGAAGGUUGAUCCGCCAUUUUCGACCCAGCCGGGUCACAUCGGUCAAGGCGAAACAAUCAGAGCAUGCGCGAGCGUUGUUGUCAGCUCUUGGCUCUGGCAAACGGUCAACUUUUUUCUCAUAUAAACGCUCGCCAAAAGUGAGUCGGUUGGAAGGAUGAUCCUCUUUCCCGGGAGACCUUAACUCAACGAGGACUAAGGACAUUACUGUAUCUCAGCUUCCCUUUUCCACUAGCUUGGAAUCAUAUUACUUUUAAUUUUUCCUUUGUGUUUUUUCGCUCAGAUUGUCCAGUUGGCUGGUCUGCAUUUGGCGACUCGUGUUAUUACCUAAACGGUACAGUGGCCCAGAACCAGAGAGACGCCCGCAAAGCAUGCCAGGCAAUGGAUGGAGACCUCCCAAUAAUUAAAUCAGCCACUGAAGACAAAUUCGUAUUUGAACUGAUAAGAAACAGUGAAACAGUUACAACACUUGGUACCUGGCUUGGGUUAGAGCGAGAUAAGAACGAAAGCAAGUCAUUCCAUUGGAUUGAUAAAACUCCACUGGAAGGGGGCUUUAACAAUUGGGUUUACAAGGAACUGAACAACCAAGGCGGUAAUGAAGAUUGCGUCCAUAUGUAUGGAAAGCGAGUUUGGAACUUUACGAGGCCAGGAAAGUGGAACGACUACCCCUGUAGUUGUUAUUUUCAGCUUCGUCAUUGCCCUGUUAUACUUUGCCAGAAGCCUGCAUACUAAGGUAGCCUGCAAUGCAUUAUUAUUAUUAUUAUUAUUAUUAUUAUUAUUAUUAUUAUUAUUAUUAUUAUUAUUAUUAUUAUUAUGCGGAAGAAAUUAAAGCUGCUUGUUUAUAUCCUUCUUACCGUGGUCGCUGUCUUUGAAUUUUAUAACAGGAGGAGAUUGAGGAACUGAUUCAACAUGCAGUUACUCGAACAUUGACGGGCAGGAAGAAAACGCUUGCCAUACAGGCUUAGACUUAGAUAAAAAUGUUACGCUGAGAUUAAAAGCUGUACAUAGCUGGUUGGCUUUUUGGCAUUUGCGGUUCCCAAUAACCAUUUCUCUACUAGUUUGUGCAAAACAAACAAAUGAACAUUCUAACUAAGGGAAUGGGAGUGGCUGAGCUUUGUCGAGUUUGAGACCACGAAAUUUUCUUAUACCUUGCUAAUCCUAGGCUGGCCAGAUUUUUUGACAACUUAUGUCUCCUAAAAAGCUGUAACCAGGGCUCGGUUUUACUUAAGGACUUAGUUUUGUUAAUAUAACCCAUGAUGAUUUUUCAGCACGUAUAUAAUAAAGUGAACGUAAUCGCAGGUUAAAAUUUCUACUCUGGAUUGAAGCUUAUUGUUAAGGUUAGAAAUUUCUUUCUUUCCUCGAUUAAUUGAUUCGAGGUGUUAAUAACAAAGCCAACUGUUAUGUAGCCCAGUCUUGCCAGUACUUGCCUUCCGUAUCACCCAGAAGGCAAUCAAGUUAUUGUCUUGUCAUGCCUUUAUGUUGACUUUGCCAGCUGUCGUUAUGGAAACCAUACUAAAAGGAAAAUAGAAUAAUCAAGUACCAUACCAAAUAUGGUUGUGGCUCCAUAAAAUGGUUCCUGAAGUCUAACAUAUACAUUUAAACGAGAGAUUAAAAAGGCAUAUUAGUUGAACAUUUCUCCAAAAAGUUUAAUUUACUAAAUUACACCUUGGUUCGUAACAUUGUGUUGGUUUUCUUUUCACAUGUUCUCAGUUAUAGUAAGAAAAACCACGACAAAAAAUUAAGUUGUGUUAUUUAUUUCCUAGGGUUCGUGGCCGGUGUGACUGAAGUACUUGUGUGAUGUGAAUGAUUAACGCUGGCUGUAGAGAGAAGAAGAAAAACAAAUAUACUGCAGUUGGAAACGCCUAAACAAAUUUAUUCAAGAACCGAAGAAAUUUUAUUUUCCCAUGUUUUCAGUCUAAAUAUAGUUUUAGAAAGUAACUUCCGAGUAAUGAGCGCUCGAGGAUUUCAAGAUUUAUUGUAAUUAUUGUAAAACUGUAUGUUGUCGCAAAGCAGUGUAUAUAGCCUCAUGUAAGGUAAAUCAGAUUCCGGAAUCUGUGAAAUUUUGACUGUGAAAUCUGGAAACCUGGGCUUUGGAAUCCGGAAUCCCGCUGACAAUUGAGAUCCGAGUCCAAGUUUCACUAAGGUAGAAUCGGGAAUUCAGUACCUGAAAUUCGGAAUUCACCGUGUGGGGUCCAGAAUCCAAGACUGUUUUCGAUUACCUUUUAUAAAAUAACUAAGAUAGUACGCGCGCUCUGAUUGGCUGAGAGGCGUGUUAGCAUGAGAGUAUGUAAACUUGGUUGUGGCGUCAAUAUGUUUUGCUUUUCGCGCGCUAAUCACGCAAGCACAAAUUUGAAAAAGUUUUCAAGUUCAAAACUCGACAAGUUUACUUUAUUUACCCGUUCCUGCGUCGGCUGAAACUUGGAAAAUCGUUACAAAGAAAGUGUGUCAAUUUUUUUUCGCUUAAGCUGACAUUUUAAGCGAGAAAAGUCCGUAUUUUGGAAAGCAUCUUUUUGCAAAACAAGAACUGAUUACGCAUAACUGUCUCGAAUUCUCCCAACCCCUCUCGUGUUUAUAUCAGGCUAUGCAAACACGGAAAACGUUUUCUCUUACUUAAAUAUAAGGCGAAAAGAAAUGUUUUGCCUUUACCAGCCACAGUUGUUUAAUUAUUUUCAACCGUCCCUAGCUUAAAAAAAAUAUAGAAAAAAGAAAAGCGAAGUUCUUGUUAAUAAUACGUGUAAAAAAAAAAAAAAUUAAAUCGUGUAAUGCUAAACGGGAACGACAAGGAAAAUGGCUUCAAGGCUAACAGAUCUAAUUAGCAAAGAAAACAAAUUGCACGUGCAGCACACUUUUUUCUUCUAAUUAGCAAAAAACAAAUUUGCACGUGCAGCACGCUUUUUUUUGUCUUUCCCUUGCCGUUGUUUUGCAAGACCUACUACGCUGUUUUGUACGACUAAAACGUCAAACUUCCUAGUUACACAUGUUUUUAUGGAGGAAUUGUCGUAUAUGCUUACCCAAUAUUUUGUUUCCUGUUUUCAUGUUCGCUUUUAUUAUUCAAUGCCGCUCAUUUUCACCUUGCUGGCCGCUAGCAUUUCUCAUUUACUCACCGCCGCUUUGAAUUUCCAUGUUUUUCUUCCUACGAAAUUCGUCUCCUUUGUUUUCAAUAACUCGCUCUAGCUCUUUCUCUUUUAUCCACGUUAGUGUACACAUAAAAAAUACCGCCGAAAAAGACACGACUAUGUUGUUGUGUUUUCUUUCUAAAAGUAUGGGCAGCCAUGUGAUUUCCUUCCAAAUAAAACCUUGAGUUCUAUUUGGGUUGCCAUACCUGUUGAUUGAGUUAUUUUACAUUGGUCUGCCUGUGGUGCGGACGGUCGUUCGCUCUCUCGGCGUACGGUCACGUGAUUACCAAAGUUUUUCGGAUGGGUAGAUUACCACAUUUCCAUAGCUAUGAGGCUCUGCCCAUGCGCGGUGCUUUGCACCGCGCAUGGAGCUCCGCUAUGAAUUUUCAUUAAACGUUUUAAUUCAACGAAAUUAUUAGUACAAUGUUAUUUCAAGUAGUUGCAGCGGUCUUUCUUUUCUAUGAUAAACGCUUGCUAAAAAUGUUAAUAUUUAUUUCAAGAUCAGUCAAACUUGUUGCUCACAGUGUAUUUUCUUAACUAGCGUUUGCCCUUGCAAUUUGCUUAAGCUAACGACAAUUGGAUGAUUUAACCUACCACAAACUCUGAAUCGAAAUUCAAGUCAAAUUCUAUAUAUUGCAGAAGUGAAUCUUAACUGACUUUUGGCGCAUUUUUUGAUAAUGUUAGCUAAUUUAGAUCCACUAGGUUGUUUGAUUAGCUCGGUAAAUAUUUGUAUUACAAAUAUUGCCGUGCAAGUAUUUGGAGAGUGUAUUAAGUAAAUGUUUGGAUUUUUGUAACUCAAUGUCAAACUGACAAAAAUGCUUAAAACAUUGUGUUCCACAGAAGAUUACAUUUUGAUCAAACCUACAAUUCAUUGUAACCUUCUGAGAUUUAUCCACAAUCCGGUUGGUAAGAGUACAGGCUGCUUAUCAUUUACAGACACUCGGUUAAAUUCGAAAUCUCAUCGGACAUCAGCUAACAAUUGGCCUUAUUGAACACGUACAAAAAGUGUGGCCAGAUCAGCCGUAGAUAUUAAUAAUGAUAAUAAUAAUAAUAAUAAUAAUGUGAAGAAUUUUUAAUAAUAAUAAUAAUAAUAAUAAUUUGAAGGGUAAUAAUGAUAAUAAUAAUAAUAAUAAUAAUAAUGAUAAAAGGAUUCGAGAGAGAGACCAUAUUUUUCUGAAGCGGAUCGAGUAGUUUUCCCCGCGUCUCAAAUCAGGUAAGCACCCUUACUCCGAUAGUUAUACCUAUGUAUUUCAUAUCUGCCUUCCUUCCCUCUGGCUAGUUAUGUUGUUAAUACACACGUAGCGUUAUCUAUCACCUGUUCACUCUUACAAACCACCUACAGUUCCGAAUUAUCAUUCGGUGUUGAGUGUUUACCUUUGAAUAACAUUCUUUACAAAUUUAAUAUCGUCCUUGACAGAGAACUGUAAACUUAGUUUGUAAUUUUGUGAUCUCGUAUCAUGAUAACUUCCAUUGCAUCUUCCCGUGUUUUUGUAGUUUUGUCACCUGUAAUAAUAAUAAUAAUGAAGAUUUUUUUUAAUAAUAAUAAUAAUAAUGUAACGAUGAAUGAUAAUAAUAAUAAUAAUAAUAAUAAUAAUAAUAAAAGGAUUCGAGAGAGAGACCAUAUUUUUCUGAAGCGGAUCGAGUAGUUUUCCCGCGUCUCAAAUCAGGUAAGCACCCUUACUCCGAUAGUUAUACCUAUGUAUUUCAUAUCUGGCUUCCUUCCCUCUGGCUAGUUAUGUUGUUAAUACACACGUAGCGUUAUCUAUCACCUGUUCACUCUUACAACACCACCUACAGUUCCGAAUUAUCAUUCGGUGUUGAGUGUUUACCUUUCAAUAACAUUCUUUACAAAUCUAAUAUCGUCCUUGACAGAGAACUGUAAACUUAGUUUGUAAUUUUGUGAUCUCGUAUCAUGAUAACUUCCAUUGCAUCUUCCUGCGUUUUUGUAGUUUUUUUCACCUGUAGUUCUUUUGUCUUUCUUUCCUUUAUUGACCUGAAUUCGAAUGAGUGAUUGAAAUAAAAUACAAAAAAAGGUGUCAGUGCAACUCCUUUUCACUUAAAAUUGUUUACUUCCAAAUACUGACUAAAGUAUUUUCAAUACCCGCUGAAACUUUCUAUCACGCAUGCCCGUAAAUAAACGACAGUAGUUUUGGAUAUAGAAGUACGCGAUAAAAAAUGAUUUGGUUGCUUGCUUUGUCAUUUUACAUCGUUGCCACAGUUUUCGCUGCUGAUGAACAUUGCAGAUCUUCUUACUUCAGAACGGUGGAAAACAGGCGCUUAACAUCACAAGUGGCCAAAACAUUUUCUUCCCCUAGUGUUUUGUCGUGCAGUCAUGCGUGCCUCACAAAUACUUGGUGUUCCUCUACAAAUUUCAAGAAAGGGACAGGUGGAACAGGAGUAUGUGAGUUGAUUAAGCAUGAGUCCAAUUCAACUAACUAUAACAACAAACUCAUACAUCAACCAGGCAACACAUAUACAAUAAUUCUCAAGGUGAGUAAAUGCAGCAUUUUAUUUGCGCAAUGCCGUGAAAGAAAUUUUUUUACUAUUAAACUUUUUUCAGUGGCGUAUCUAACGGAAAGACAAGACGAACAGUAAUAUUUACAAGCAGACAAUAAUUUGCUAUACAAUCCAAAUAAAAGCUUUAAUAAAAGCUUAAACUUCCGCACGAACUAGUGACAUUUGACACGUAAACGGUUUUAACCGUUUCGAUGCUGUGUGUUUAUUACCAGAAAGCAUGAUUAUGAUUCUGAAUGGCUAAGGAAUAAUCACAGUUAAGUUGAAACUCCGACAAUUUCUCCCCUAGAAGGGUACAAACAAGCGAGAAAACGAUUUCCCUUCCUGCCAUUUUUCUAAAUUUAAACUUUUUUUACUGAUAGGGUUGUCUGAUGACUGGAUGCCUAAAUGCAGGUUCUUGCUUGUUAGACAAGAAAAAGGAAUCGUUUUCAUGUUCGUGCAAACUACCAUGGCGUGGGCAGAGAUGCGAAGAAAAAUUGAGUAAGGCUCUAGUACAAAGCUUUUGCACAUAUUUGUUUUUCUGUUUAUGUAUUCAUUUAUUCUUUUUUUCUUCAUGAGAGAAAAGUCUUGAUGUCCUUACUUCAAAUGUUUAAUGCUGGUUUCGUUUCUAUCAUUUGUUACUGAGCUCCCGGGUUGACCCGUUGGAGCAAAAUUCCUUAAUUAUGGCCUCUAACGGAUAUGCUGCUGGCUAGGGUUUUUUUAAUGGUCCCUCUGUCUUGAGAAGAGCAUUAAACAAUCGCGAGAAAGUUUUAAAAUAACUCCAAAGCACUUUCAAAAUAAGUUAGUUUUCGCUAACGUCGCCUCCCUGAUUCGUGAAUCACAGGCGCAUUCAGAAGGCGAAAUAACAGUUGUCAUAACAUUCUUCUGGUGGCUAAACUGAAAUUCGUCUGAACGGUUCCAUUAAAAAAAUGGUGUUAUUUUCCCUCUUCUUCUUCUUCUCUUGACUAAGUUUUCUACCAAGCUUUCACAGAAACGCUCGCUAUAAUGCUGAAUGGUCCGUAACGUGAGGCUUCAUUCGCCUACCUUAGCUACCAUGGGCAAGCCAACUUUUCCAACUUUUCCUUCCAAAACUUGGUGAUUCUUUUACAUGAGAAAUAAAACGUUGGCUCGGCUAGAAGGUUGAUCCGCCAUUUUUGACCCAGCCGGAUCAUAAGGCGAAACAAUCAGAGCAUGCGCGAGCGUUGUUGUCAGCUCUUGGCUCUGGCAAACGGUCAACUUUUUUCUCAUAUAAACGCUCGCCAAAAGUGAGUCGGUUGGAAGGAUGAUCCUCUUUCCCGGGAGACCUUAACUCAACGAGGACUAAGGACAUUACUGUAUCUCAGCUUCCAUUUUCCACUGGCUUGGAGUCAUAUUACCUUUAAUUUUUCCUUUGUUUUUUUUCGCUCAGAUUGUCCAGUUGGCUGGUCUGCAUUUGGCGACUCGUGUUAUUACCUAAACGGUAGAGUGGCACAGAACCAGAGAGACGCCCGCAAAGCAUGCCAGGCAAUGGAUGGAGACCUCCCAAUAAUCAAAUCAGCCACUGAAGACAAAUUCGUAUUUGAACUGAUAAGAAACAGUGAAACAGUCACAAUACUUGGUACCUGGCUUGGGUUAGAGCGAGAUAAGAACAAAAGCAAGUCAUUCCAUUGGAUUGAUAACACUCCACUGGAAGGGGGCUUUAACAAUUGGGUUUACAAGGAACCGAACAACCAAGGCGGUAAUGAAGACUGCGUCCAUAUGUAUGGAAAGCGAGGUUGGAACAGUACGAAGCCAGGAAAGUGGAACGACUACCCCUGUAGUUGUUAUCAUAGGCUUCCUCGUUGCCCUGUUAUACUUUGCCAGAAGCCUGCAUACUAA